AUGCCACCGCCCAAUGCUGGCGGUUUGGCAGGUUUGCUUGCAGGAAAUCCACUGCUUGCCGCCAAUCCCUUGCUCACUGCCAACCCGCUGAUAUUGGCUACGUUGGCAAACCCAGCGCAGCCAUCAGCUGCGAUUCAACAGGGGGGCCCCACAGCAGCAGAAGAAGUUGACAGCAAUUUAAUCGAUCCAGACGUGCAGGAGCUGUGCGACUAUUUCCAUAUAGAGGAGCGGCACGCCCGGCGCCUGAGUGACAUCAUGAAGAAUCGGCAAGAGACCUUCGUCGAAGACAUGGAGCGCUUGUAUGAUGUGCUGGAGCGCGCCAACAGUCCGGCUGGGUUGCUGGUUGUAAAAAUGCGCGAGAUGGAGGAAGGCACCUUUGUUGGCAAGGUGAAGGCCGACAAGGACCUCGCCGCGGUGUCCAAGAAGUACAAGCUGGACGAGCAGGCCGAGUCGAAGCUUGCGGACAUCUUGGCGCGCUAUGACGACGUGCCUCGAUCCGGGUACUUGAUCGAAAUCGAGAGGCACCUUGAGGUGUCGAAUAGGCCCUCGGCCAUGGCAAUGAUGCUUCUCAGGAAGCUUGGUGAAGGCCAGUCCCUGGGCAAGCCUGGGCAGCCUGCGCCCGGAAGUUAUUUGGACAACGCCGAGUCCUCAAUAUAG